AUGGGCUACAAUGGGGUCACGCCAUGUGAGGAUGGACUGAGGGAACUGGCUGUCGAUAGCCUGGAGACAGGGAAAGAAGACGGCCGCCAGGCGGUGGACCACAUCUGUCUCCAGAGAGCAGAAUUAGGGAAGCAACAGAUCCUGGGCUUUCUCCAGCUUCAAAAUGGGCAGAAGCCCGUGGGAGAUGCCUCCUUCAGGGCUGUGGGGACGCAGGAGUUGGAUGCAAAAGGAACUUGGACCACUGCCACUGUGUUUGUUUCUGCUCACCUGGAGUUUUGCAUCCAUCCUUGGGCUCAGCAAUUUAACCAAGUGUCCAGCCCCCAGUUGGAUGCCACGGUUUUGCAGCUUUUGAAGACUGAGUCUUCCCCAGAGGCACUGAGAACACAGCUUCUUCAAAAGGCUAAUUUCUUUCUGGAAGGAAAUCACCUGUACUACAAGGGCAGAGGUAAGAAGCAGAAGAUUCUGUUUACCCUGGAGGAGAAGAGACAAGCGUUCCUGGAAGCCCACAUCUCAGAGCAAGGCCACCUGGGCAUCCGGAAGACCGGGGGCAAUGUCACCAAGUCCUACUACUGGCCUGGGGUGGUUUUUGACUCCCGGAAAUGGGUCAAGGAAUGUAAGAAAUGCCAGAAGGAGAAGUUAGCAGAGAAAGAGAAAGAGAAAGAGAGCCGCUCCUCCAAGGGGAUGGGGAAAACUGAGUCCUUCAAGAAAGCCAAGCCCACCCGCGCUCCUAAGAAAGAAGGCACCACAACAACACCUAAGGCAGACCCAGCCUUGCCACUGAAGGCGAAGAAGGCGCCCCAAAGGGAGCUGCCUGCGGCCCAGGCCAGAGGUCUGUUCCAUCUCAUUGGCCUUCAGCUGGUGGGGCCCAUGAAGCAGACGGCGCAGGGGGCUCGCUUCAUCUUCGUGGUCGUAGACCACUUCACUCGAUGGGUCGAGGCUGCCCCCAUGAAGACCUGCUCCCCUGAGGAGACGGCUGAACAGGUGCUCAAGUUGGUGUAUCGAUUUGGCUUCCCAGAAAGGAUCAUCAGUACCCAGUGCGGCGGCUUUGUCCAACAGCUGAAUCAGAUUCUGAGAGCAGAAACAAAGAUCAAGUGCGACCUGAUUGUCGUCUAUCACCCCCAAACACACGGGCUCCUGGAGAAAACCAACUCAUUUGUGAGGAGGGGGCCACCUCAUGCCUUGGCCCUGGUGCUGUCUGCCCACUCGUGUGUGGCCUUGGAGGAAAUCUGGGAGGUGGAGGCAUCCAGCUGCUUGGCAGCCAGGCAUUUUCUGUCUCCCACCCUCAGGGGCCACCUGCUUUCCUUGGUGGUGAAUCUAAACCAGGUGGACUGGGAUGAGCAGCUCCAGAAGAUUCUCUUUCUGCAGAACCGAGACUCCUACAACGAUGAAGAGGAUGAAGAUGAUGAAUACCUCGACAGCCUGGAGGAUUCCUCCGCAGAGGACUCUGACGCUGACAUCUGGCCGACGUUUGUCAGCCUUCCGGAAGCCCUGGACGUCGCCCAGGAGCGGGACAAGGGCCCAGCUGUAACCGUUAGCGUGGAUGACACGUGCUCCUAUUGCAACAGGCUCACCGACGAAGGCAACAGUGACGUGUUCACCAUGCUACAAUGCGAAUCCUGUCGGGGCUGGGUUCACCACAUGUGUGUGCGGAGGGAGCACGGAGAUGAAGACUGGAAAGCCCGCUUCCGGUGCCGCCUCUGCUUACCGCUGUCAGCCUGAGAAUCAUCACCAUGAUCAGUGGAACAACACUAAGGUCUUUAAUUGGGGCAGAGCAGCCGCAGCUCCAUAGCAAGUCCUCGGGGUGCUUGAAGAUGGGAACUGGGGACGGGGUUGGCGUGGGGCACCAGAACAGAGAGAGGGAAGAAUGUGGGUCCUUUGGCAUAACUGGCUAAAUAAAGACCAGCAAGAAGCCGUGGCAACCUCCGGAAGAGGAAAGUUCGGGGUUUUCCACAAUCAUCCGAAGCUGCACUAUAAUGUCGGGCGAUUCGUUGGCCUGGGAACAGACGUGAUGCAGUUCGGUCCAUCCUCAGUCAGUGCUGCUUGUCAUUUCCUCUCCUGAUUCCUAAGAAUUCUGAAACCCCAAUAAAGGGCUGAGGCCACUGUUUGGUUGGAA